CUAUGAUCCACUUUGAAGCAAAGGUAUGUGUUAAAUUCCAAAGGAAGCUUUAACCUAGAGCCAAGUCGGGCCCGGACUCGGGCCAGAACAAACCCGGCCGAUCCUCUUCCCUCUGAGUUCGUUUUUUUUUUAUCGGGAAAACAAAGAAGGAAGACGAAAAGUUUCAAAGCACACAGAGCGUCUCAAAAUUUUUCAGUUAAAAGACUUCCACAAAAAGAUUCCCCCUGCUAUCCCGCCCAAUCGAAUUCCCCUAUCUUAAAUCCCCCCCCUCUCUCUCUCUCACUUUCUCUAAUCUAGAGAGAGAGAAGUUCAUCUAAUUAGGGCUUACGUGGUCCCCCAAAUGCCCUCUCCCCCAAUCUUAAUUCUCCAAUCUCCGAUCCCGAUUAUACCCUAGAAUUCUCCGACUCUUCGCCAAUGGACGACCAGAAGGCCGGCCCCGAAUCCUCGAGGCCCUCCACCUCGUUUCUCAAAGCCGGCGACCGGCAAAUGUUCACGGUGGAGCUCCGACCCGGCGAGACCACCAUAGUCUCCUGGAAGAAGCUCGUCAGGGACACUAACAAGGUCAAUGGCCUGCCUCCGCCCACUGCCACUGCCACUGCCCCUGACCCUCCCCACGCUCACCCUAACCUCGAGUCUCGUAUAGCUCCGGUACAACCUUCUGGAGAGGGAGAGGGAGAGGGAGAGGAAGGGAAAGAUGAAGCUGCGCCGAAUCGUUUUAGUGCUGUGAUUGAGAAGAUUGAGCGCCUAUAUAUGGGUAAAGAUAGUAGCGACGAUGAAGAUCAAAAUAUUCCUGAUGACGAUCAGUAUGAUACUGAGGACUCUUUUAUUGAUGAUGCUGAGUUGGAUGAAUAUUUUGAAGUUGAUAAUUCAGCUAUAAAACAUGACGGAUUCUUUGUUAACAGGGGCCAACUAGAACGGAUAAACACAACUGCUGCAUUACCUAACCAGCAACCAAAGAAAAGGAGAAGAAAAGAGGCAAAGAGCCCCGGUGAAACUGAUGACAGUCACGUGCCAAAUAAACAAGCAAAGUUAGUUAUGAAUCCUUCUCCUUUGAAAGCAUUGGAUGGAGAUGCUUCUGCACUGCAAGCAGAGGUGAAGGAUAUUGAUAAGUCUAAGUCAGGAAUCCUGCUUCCUAAGGACUCGAGUAAUAGAUUUAAAGAUGCCGGUGGGUCCUCUGAUGCAUCGUAUCAUAAGUAUCAUGAUAAAAAUGCUUAUUCGCAAACUAAAACCCAGUCGGGUAGACUAUCUGGCAACGCUGAUGAGCUGGAAUCAUCAGUUCGGGCGAAAGUGAAAAAUGGGAUCCGUCAACUGCCUGACCUUAACCUCUCGGACGGGAAGUACUCUGUUCCAACUACAAAAACUUCACAUUUGCAUCGAAAGGAGGGUUCUAGUGUAAGGCCCAAGGGUUCGAUGCUUGAAAAGGCUAUUAGGGAGUUGGAGCGGAUGGUUGCAGAAUCAAGGCCACCUGCUAUGGAGAAUGCAGAGGGAGAUAAUUCAUCCCAAGCAAUUAAAAGGAGAUUGCCUAGAGAAAUAAAGAUGAAGCUUGCUAAAGUUGCUAGACUAGCGCAGGCUAGCCAUGGAAAAAUAUCAAAAGAGUUACUUAACCGGCUUAUGAGUAUUCUUGGCCACUUAAUACAGCUCAGGACGUUAAAGAGAAAUUUAAAGGUUAUGAUUAGUAUGGGUCUAUCAGCCAAAAAGGAGAAAGAUGACAGGUUUCAACAGAUCAAGAAGGAAGUUAUAGAUAUGGUUAAGAUAAAUGUAUCCUCUUUGGAGUCUAAGGCAUUGGAACAAACUGGAGCCUCCGAUGAUUUUCAAGAAAUAGCCUCUGGAGCAAAAGAAGUCUCUAAAAGAAAGUUGAGCAUGGAUCCUGUAUUAGAGGACAAGAUUUGUGACCUCUAUGACCUUUAUGUUGAUGGGCUGGAUGAAGAUAUAGGUCCACAAAUAAGAAAGCUCUAUGCUGAGCUAGCGGGAUUGUGGCCUAGUGGUUUCAUGGACAAUCAUGGCAUCAAAAGUGCAAUUUGUCGGGCAAAAGAUAGACGGAGGGAGCGAUACAGCCAAAAUAAAGAUCAGGAGAAAAUGAGGAGGAAAAAGAUGUUGACUCCAAAAUUAGAGGAGUCUGUUAGAGUUGACGCAAGUUCAAUUCCCCAGCAACAGUAUAUACGAGAGAGAGUGGCAACUGAACCUAGCAGUCAUGGUUCAGGGAACAAGACUGUAUCAGGUACAACAGCAGCUGUGAGGAUACCCAGUCCAAUAAACGGUCCUAGCUUUGACAGGCUUAAACAAGAGAAGCUCAAGGGAAGUGCAAGUAAUUCCCCUGAUGACACGAGGGUCGCAGAUGGUGCAUUGGUAAAGAAAAAGGUGAAGAGGAAGCCAGAUCAAGAGUUGGAUGAAACUCGGAUACGGCCAGAAAAAUUACCUUCCCAACAAGGUGAGGAAAGACAAAAGUCAUUCAAGCAGGCGGCUGGUGUACCCCAGAAGUCAAACCAUCAAUCCACCGGCCUUCCUAGCGCUGAGCAGUCUAGCUGACAUAAUAUAGCCUAAUUAGGAAGUUUACAACAUAAGAAUGUUUGUGUAACAGAGCCUUCAUUAUUUUUUCUUUUUUCUUCUUUGGUUUGGCUUCAUUCAUUGUGACUUACUGACUGUUGCCAUUUUUGUAAUUAUUAAUGUUACUACAUGGUGCUUAUGGAUUAGGGAUUCAGAUUUAAAUAGAGAUAGCAAAAAGCUGUAAUUUUCUUGUGCAAUGUAGUUAAUCGUCUUUUUCAGCGUGUCA